CCCCGCCCCUCCGGCCUAUCGCGUGCCACUGUGGGAGGGUUGCAGUAGGAGGCGCCCGAGCGUGGAGGGAAAGUGAGGCGUGCGUCGCUGCGCAGGCGCAUUGGCGGACGACGGCGCUUCUGUUUCCAAAAUGGCGGCAGCGAUGGAUGUGGAUACCCCGAGCGGCAACAACAGCGGCGCGGGCAAGAAACGCUUUGAAGUGAAAAAGUGGAAUGCAGUAGCACUGUGGGCCUGGGACAUUGUGGUUGAUAAUUGUGCCAUCUGCAGAAACCACAUUAUGGAUCUCUGCAUAGAGUGCCAAGCCAACCAGGCAUCCGCGACGUCCGAAGAGUGCACCGUGGCCUGGGGAGUCUGUAAUCAUGCAUUUCACUUUCACUGCAUCUCUCGCUGGCUGAAAACACGGCAGGUGUGUCCGCUGGACAACAGAGAGUGGGAAUUCCAAAAGUAUGGGCACUAGAAGGAUUCUUCCACCCAGCCUAACUGUUAUUAAGCAACCUGCUUCCUGUUAUAGGUUAGAUAGGACUGUGUCCUUUCCCCUCCUCUUUCCAGUUUACUGUCCCCCAGCCAUGGUUGUACCCAUGUCAAAUAAAGUUCUGUUGGGUUCUAGA